UUUCGGAAUGUUGCUUCAUACAAAAUGCCAAAGUUGAGAUACUUGGAUAAGCAUUGACCAGCUAUGGUGUUGAACACCGCACUGGUGGUGGGGGCGGCGGAGCUGUCGGCCGAGGUGUGUCAAUGCUUAGCCUGCUUCCCGCAGCGGCUGAGCGGUGGUGAUGUCCUCCGCCUCCUUUUCUGGUGCCCCUUUGGCCAGCUCCGCCGCAUCGCUGCCUUGUUCUGCUUUCCCCCGCCCCACCACCGAGACGACGAUGACAGCGACGACUUUCUUUAUUGAUUCUUGAUGAAGGCAUCUCAGAUAUGUUGGGAUUGCUGUAGUGUAGGCUGUAGCUUAAGCUCCUUCAUUUUCUCUUUUACUAUCUUUUUGUUUGGUGUUGAAGUUUCAAGUCUUGACCUCUGUGUUUAAGGCAUGUGUCCAAUGAAAAUGAGAAGAAUCAUGAAAUGCAUUCUUUUUUUAAAAAUAUUUUGUUUACUUUCACAGAGACUAGUACUUCUAUUUAUUUUUAUUUUUAUCAAUAUACAGUAAAUUAGAUGAGUAGUUAAAUAAUUUUAUAUUACGAGAGUUUAUAAUGAAAGGCGUAGCAUUUUGAGGGAAGGAAGACACGAGAAAGAAGAAGAUGACGAGUGUCGCCGCGUCUCUAUCGCAUCGUAUCCCUCGUUUCACUCCUUCCUUUCCUUCUUUCUCUUCACGCUUAGUCGGUGUUAAGAUUAACAACAACAAAAAUGGGGGCAAUUAUCCUUCACUCUUCCCCUCAUUCAAAUCUCAAACACGCAUGGCUUCCAGCAAUCAGAGUGCUUCGACUGCCGCCGAUGUCAACAACCCCCAACUUAAUGUCUUCCAACUCAUCCAAGCUCAUCAGGAAAAAACUGCUAGGCUGCCUCCUAUAGAGGAAAUUAAGACACUUCUCAGUUACAGCUUGCGCGGAGUCCUUUCUACAUUCUCUCUGAAGUAUGAGGGCUAUCCAUCAGGUUCGAUGGUGGACUUUGCUUGUGAUGCUUAUGGAUCUCCAAUAUUAGCAGUUAGCAGUUUGGCAGUUCAUACCAAGGACCUUUUAGCAACUCCCCAGUGCUCAUUGCUUGUCUCUAAGGAUCCCGAGGAUAGGACAGACCUAGUUAUCGUAGUGCACGGUGAUGCCCUCCCUGUUGCUGAAAGUGAAACGGAAGCUAUUCGUAGUGCAUAUUUGGCUAGACAUCCAGAGGCUUUCUGGGUCGACUUUGGUGACUUCCAAUUUCUGCGGAUUGAACCUAAAGUUGUUACAUAUGUGUCAGGAGUUGCAACAGCUUUAUUAGGAUCAGGAGAAUUCAGCAAGGAGGAAUUUAGAACUGCAAAAGUGGAUCCUGUGUACCAAUUCUCAAAGCCUAUAACGUCCCACAUGAAUAAAGAUCAUGCGGAUGAGACAAAGCUGAUAGUCCAGCAUUUUACUUCUGUCCCGGUGGAGUUUGCAGACAUGUUGGACAUAGACAGUCUGGGUUUCAACGUGAAGGCUGGCUGUCAAGGCAACAUUUUCAAGCUCCGAAUUCCUUUCACAAUGCGUGCUACAGACAGAAAGGAUGUGAAGACACUAAUAGUAGAAAUGCUUCAGGCUGCCAGAAAUCAGGCUCAGCCCCCCUCUUCCGCUGCUUGAUCGCUGCAUGGGGGGUCGGAUACAAGGUGGGAUAUGCACAAAUGAAUUUUGUUCUUCCAAACUUAUGUCUAAAUACAAAAAGUGUAAUUUUGCCCCCCUUUUUAAAAAAAAAAUCUUAGCUUUUCUUUUGACUCCAACUUCAUUAUAUUGUUAAUUCAUCAAUAAUUUACUCCAAUUUAACAA